AUGAGUCUGAGUCGUACCAAGCGGAUCAGCUCCAGCAGCUCGGUUCGGAGCAGCAGCGGGACAAGGAGGCUGAGCGGUUUCGGUGCAGGUCAGGGGGGUUUCAGUGGCAUCUCCUUGAGCAGCAGCUCUCUCUAUGCAGGCACCAACGGGCAUCACCACGGCCUGGCUGCCCCGCUGGCGUCCCUUUCAGUUAACAAGAGCCUGCUGGCUCCCCUCAACUUGGAGAUCGACCCCACCCUCUCCAUGAGCCGAGCCCACGAGAAGGAGCAGAUCAAGAGCCUCAACAACCGCUUUGCAAGCUUCAUAGACAAGGUGCGUUUCCUGGAGCAGCAAAAUAAGAUGCUGGAGACCAAGCUGGAGCUGCUGCAGGGCCAGGGCGUGGGCCGCUCCAACGUGGAGCCUCUGUUUGAGGCCUACAUGGCGGGUCUGAGGCGCCAGAUGGACCUGGUCAACAACGACAAGACCAAACUGGACGGAGAGCUGAGGAACAUGCAGGGCCUGGUGGAGGACUACAAACACAAAUAUGAGGAAGAGAUCAACAAGAGAAACAACCUGGAGAAUGACUUUGUCAUCUUAAAGAAGGAUGUGGACUCGGCCUAUCUAGUGAAAGCGGAUCUGGAAGACAAGGUGGGAGCUCUGACUGAUGAGAUCAACUUCCUGCGCAGCGUCUAUGAGGAGGAGCUGCGCGAGCUGCAGGCCAGUAUCAAAGACACGUCUGUGGUGGUGCAGAUGGACAACAGCCGCAGCCUGAAUAUGGAGCAGAUAGUAGCCGAGGUCAAAGCCCAAUAUGAGGAGAUCGCAGCCCGCAGCCGCGAGGAGGCUGAGGCCUGGUACAAAAACAAGUUUGACCAGAUGUCGGUGCAGGCCAGCCAGUUUGGAGACGAGCUUCGCAUUGUGAAGGGAGAGGUGGCCGAAGUCAACCGAAUGAUCAGCAGACUGCAGAGCGAGAUAGAGGCUGUCAAAGCACAGCGUAGCGGUCUGGAGAACCAGCUGGCUGAGGCUGAGGAGCGUGGAGAGCUGGCUGUGAAAGAGGCCAAGGCCCGGACAAGGGACCUGGAGGACGCCCUGCAGAGGGCCAAGCAGGAUAUGGCCAGACAGCUCCGAGAAUACCAGGAUCUGAUGAACCUGAAACUGGCCCUGGACAUUGAGAUCGCCACCUACAGGAAGCUGCUGGAAGGAGAGGAGGACAGACUUGGACAGCAGUCUAUCCUCCACAUCCAGUCUGUUUCCAAUUACAGUACUAAAAGUACUAACGGCUACCAUAGUACCACCAGCUCCCCUGCCCCUAAACUGCUGAUAAAGACAACUGAGACCAGAGACAGCUCCAGAUUCAGCAUUCACUGAGAGGACACACACAUACACAUACACAUACAGACACAGACACAC